AUGGAGGAACAUGAAGAUGUUCAAUACUGUUUUCAAGAAGGAAACUCUUCUUGCAGAAAGGCUUUGCUAUCGACAUCUAUCUACAUAACACUGUACAUCUUCUUCUCAUUGAUUUCAGCGGUUACAGUAUUUUUGAACGUACUGGUGAUCAUCUCCAUCUCUCACUUCAAGCAGCUCCACACUCCAACCAACCUGCUCAUCCUCUCUCUGGCUGUGUCAGAUCUCCUGGUGGGACUGAUUGUGAUACCAGUAACGACUGUAGCGAUAAUGGAACCAUGCUGGGGAUUUGGGGAAUAUUUCUGUGUGUUUUAUUUCUACAUCACUUGUUUUUGUGCGUCUUUAUCUCUGGGUAAUUUGGUCUUGAUAUCUAUUGACCGCUAUGUUGCUGUGUGUGAUCCCUUAUUGUACAACUCUAAAAUAACAAUAACAAGAAUUAUGUGUUGUAUAUUCAUUACCUGGUGUUGUUGUAUCAUAUAUUAUGCUGCAAUUAUAUAUUUUUUUGUAAAUGUACAGGUACCAAAUCACAGGCCAGAAAGCUUUCUGCCACUUGUUAAUUCCUUAAUUAAUCCAAUCAUUUAUGCUUUCUUUUAUCCAUGGUUCAAAGUGACAGCUAAACGUAUUUUAACUCAGGUGAAGUUAAGGCGUUCAUAG